GGCACCCCAGCUCCCGCUGCCUCCCCUCCUCCUCUCCCCGUCCCGUCGCCGCCUCCUCACCCGCCGCCGCCGCCGACGCACCGCACCUCAACCAGCAGCGGCCUGAAGGGAGGGAGCGCGCGAGCGGUGCGGCAUGGACAUCGACCCUUCCUCCGUCUCCCACGCGGACGGCGGGGGCGACCUGUGGCCCUUCGACUCGCUCACCACGUCCCUCUUCUUCUCCUCCGUCUCCUCCUCCCCGCCGCUCCACCCGCUGCCCGUCGCCUCCUCCUCGUGGCUUACCCCGCCCUCGCCGCUCUGGCUCUUCGACGACCGCCAGAUGAUGCCCAUCGAGGUGGGCCCUGCGCCCGCCGCGGCGCCGGACAACACUGCCGCCGUCGCCGCCGCCGUCGCGGAGGAGGUCUGCCACCGAGCCCGCUCCGGGAAUUCGGACACGCCAAUUAAGAAGACCGAACGUCUUAACAACAAAUGGCAAUUUAACCUAGCUCUGCAUGACGAUAGCACGAACAGCUCAUGCUUGUUCAAGGAGAAGCUGACUCAUGCUCUCAGGUACUUCAAGGAGUCAACAGAUCAACACUUGUUGGUCCAGGUUUGGGCGCCGGUUAAGAGUGGAGAUCGCUAUGUGCUUACUACAUCAGGACAACCCUUUGUACUUGACCACCAGAGCAUUGGGCUGCUUCAGUACAGGGCUGUAUCCAUGAUGUACAUGUUUUCAGUAGACGGAGAUAAUGCUGGAGAGCUUGGAUUACCUGGGCGUGUCUACAAGCAAAAGGUGCCUGAGUGGACACCAAAUGUGCAGUAUUAUAGCAGCACCGAGUACCCACGCCUUAACCAUGCCAUCAGUUACAACGUUCAUGGUACUGUUGCCUUGCCUGUUUUUGAUCCUUCUGUUCAAUCAUGUAUUGCUGUCGUUGAACUUAUAAUGACAUCGAAGAAGAUAAACUAUGCUGAUGAGGUCGAUAAAGUCUGCAAAGCUCUUGAGGCAGUAAAUCUUAAAAGCACCGAGAUAUUGGAGCAUCCAAAUGUUCAGAUUUGCAAUGAAGGCCGUCAAUCUGCCCUGGUGGAGAUACUGGAGAUCCUGACAGUUGUAUGUGAAGAGCACAAGCUUCCUUUAGCACAAACGUGGGUUCCUUGCAAGUAUCGAAGUGUGUUGGCGCAUGGUGGUGGUGUUAAGAAAAGUUGCUUGAGCUUUGAUGGAAGUUGCAUGGGGGAAGUCUGCAUGUCAACCAGUGAUGUGGCAUUUCAUGUGAUUGAUGCUCAUAUGUGGGGAUUCCGAGAUGCCUGUGUAGAACAUCACCUACAAAAGGGACAGGGAGUUUCUGGCAAGGCGUUUAUCUAUCACAGACCUUGCUUUUCGAAAGAUAUCAGUCAGUUUUGUAAGCUGGAAUACCCCCUAGUGCACUAUGCUCGUAUGUUUGGAUUGGCUGGCUGCUUUGCUAUAUGUUUACAAAGUCCUUAUACUGGUGAUGAUUAUUAUAUGCUGGAGUUUUUCCUGCCACCCAGUUGUAAAGAUGAAGAUGAUCAGAAUGCCUUGUUGGAGUCUAUAUUAGGCCUGAUCAAUCAGUGUCUCCGUAAUCUAAAGGUAGCUGGUAACGGAGAAUCCAACGAAGCUUCUCUUCAACUUAGCAAUGUCAUAAGGAUUGAAAAUGAAGAUUUCAAGACAGUGCAUUUUGAGAACUCUGAAGGUUUUCAUGAGUCACCUGAAGGUGAUACACAUGGAGGAGCCCACGAGUUCGAUAAAGGGAAUAGUAAAGUAUCAGAGGGACAUUUGUUGGCUGAUGAUAACUCUCAGAACAAUGGCACAUCUGUCUCCAGGCCAAAUGGUAGCGCUGCUUCUGAUUCUUCAUUGCUUCACAAAAACAGCAAACCCCCUGAAAGGAGACGGGGAAAAGCUGAAAAAACAAUCAGCCUAGAAGUUCUUCAGCAAUAUUUUUCUGGAAGCCUGAAAAAUGCAGCAAAAAGCCUCGGUGUGUGUCCCACAACCAUGAAGCGCAUCUGCAGGCAACAUGGGAUUUCUCGUUGGCCAUCCCGAAAAAUCAACAAGGUCAACCGGUCUCUCUCGAAGUUAAAGCAAGUAAUUGAGUCUGUUCAAGGCUCAGACGCGGCAUUUAAUCUGACAUCUAUCACAGGCCCUCUCCCUACUAUUCCCGUUGGUCCUUCAUCAGAUUCUUUCAAUAAGGAGAAAGCAAGUGAAAGUAAAGCAGAACAUUCAAAUCGUGCUGUUGACGGUGACAGAGAUUCAUCUUUACAAAAGUCACAAGAAAAUGGUAGCCACUUUGGUGGACUCAUGUCCCAGCAAGGGUUUGCAGACACUGGCAACAAUGCUCAACUUGAAGCAGACAAAGCUUCUCUCUCGAGAAGCUCAUCGGGAGAAGGCAGUAUAAAUUCACGCACUUCGGAGGGCUCAUGUCAGGGAAGCCCCGCAAACCAGACAUUUGUUUGCCAGCCUAUUGCUUCAAUGUUCUUGGAACCACAAGAACCACAACCGAAUCCGGAAGGGUUCACAAAAGAACCUUUCCAAGAACCAGAGCUACCACUUUCCAGGAUGCUCAUUGAGGAUUCUGGUAGUUCCAAGGAUUUGAAGAAUCUCUUCGGUUCAGCAAUUGGCCAACCAAUGUUAGCGCCUCCCAGCAAUUUUGGGCCAAUGCGAAAUUCAGGUACUGUGACGAUAAAGGCGAGCUUUAAGGAAGACAUUGUAAGGUUCCGCUUCCCGUGUUCUAGCAGCGUUAUGGCAUUGAAAGAUGAGGUUGCCAAAAGGCUGAGGAUGGAUGCUGGCAUGUUUGAUAUCAAGUACCUUGACGAUGAUCACGAGUGGGUGAAGUUGGCUUGCAAUGCGGACUUGGAAGAAUGCAUAGAAAUCUCCCGGCAUUCUGGUACCCAUGUUAUCAGGCUAUUGGUUAGCGAUGUCGCGGCCCACAUUGGUAGUUCUUGUGGAAGCUCCGGUUGAUACCCAGAUCAACAUUUUUAACUUUUUUUUUUCAAUGGGUAUGUACAAGUUGUUCCAGGAGGUCAGUUUUUACAUGUUGUUAAGCUAGUCGUGUUGCUAGAUAGCAUUAGCAGCUUUACUGUGUUCGACUGAAGCACCAAUUUUUUUUCUUGUAAGAAUAUGUGUAACGUUGCAAGAUGCGCGUGUUGUCGAUGAUGUACAUAUUUAGCACGUGGUGCAGGAAGUCCUGGGGGUACAGUUAAGAACUGAAGUUGUUGUAAUAUGACACUUUUGUUGUGCCGAAAUUGAACAGUUUUGGAAGUUAGUUCCUUUUAUUCA